AUGGGCUUCAUAUUAUUGUCCACGAACAUUACUACUACUACUACUGAUAAUAAUAAUAAUGAAAAACAGAUAAAUAGAGAUGAUAAUACAACAACAACAACAACAAAUGGGUCUACAGAAGCAAUUACAAGAGUAUUUAAAAAUAAACAUUUGUUUAAUUAUAUCUUGAAGAGGAUUAGAGAUGAUGUUUAUUAUCUUGGUGCUUGUGUACCAAAAGCAAUGAAGUUAAAGAGAAAGAGAUAUAAUCAAUUGUUAAUGGAUCUCGUUUGGGUAGUUAGAAACAAACAUUAUGGUGUAUUAAAAUAUAUACUAGAGUCUAGUCAAGAAAGGUCACGUCUACACUUUCAAGGUGUCUUUUCAGCACAAAACAAUAUCAUCGUUGAGAGUGCCACCAUUGACAAUGUCGACAUUGUAUCUCUUCUCAUGACAACCUAUCAAACCAGAUUCAAAGAUUACUUUACUCAUGACAACACUGAACGUACACAUAAAUCUCUGUUAAGUAUUGGUGACUUUUUCGGUUGGAUCAUUGUCUAUCAUGGUAAUAUAGAUAUUUGGAAUCUAUUUAUAAACUUUUUAGUCUCAAAUCAAUGUCUAAAAGAUAUUACUAAAUUGAUAAACAACAAAAAGAAGAGUACAAUAGAUAAGAUUAAAGGUAUAUUUCAGAGUAAUAAUAAUAACAACAACAACAACAAUAACAAUGAAACAAAUAAUACUAGUGGUGAUGAUGAUAGUCAAACUACUAUAAAUACCAAAUUAGUACUUGAAUACUUUCAAAAACAUCAUCCAACCGAAAGAUAUUAUAUACAUUUAUUAUUAAAGUAUUGUGUGGUGUAUGGGAGAAAAGAUAUUAUGCGUAGUAUCGUCCAUUGCAUCGGACCAUCUAAAUUGGUCAAAUAUAUGGUUCCAUUUAAAGAUUUGUCUGAAACUGGGAUGGGACCUGCCUAUACAUCAUUGGGAUCUAAACUAUCACCCAGUCCCUAUCUCAACCAAAGACUACGGACUAGGUACAUGGAGAUGGCCGAGGAAUACUCUACUAUAUUGCCACCAAGAAUAUUCCUCUGUCUAUUCUUUUAUUCUUCGUUGGAGUAUAUUGUCAAUCAUCGUAUUGAUAUUCUGUCACCACCACCUGUACCACUCGACGACGAUAAUAUAAAACAUAUUCACAAUAAUUGUAUUGGAAUGAUACUUUGGGAUAAAGAUUAUAAUCAAUUACGAUCACAAUUUAAUAGUUUAUUAUCAAUCUUUACAAAAUAUUCACAUCCCCUAAUUAAUUUAAAUAAUAUCAAUCAUUCUAUUGAAUCAUUAUUACAACAAAAUCAAUCCGACUCUUCUUCUUCUCAAUCAAAAAUGGAAUAUUAUUAUCUUUGGGCAAUGGAAGUGUAUUAUAAAUAUUAUUCAAUGACUCCUGCUUCAUCAUCACCAGUAUCAUUGAUUAUUCAAACCUAUCAUAUAAAAUUAAUAACAUUUAUAAAUAAUCAUUUUUAUAAAAACAAUCAAAAUAUUAAUAAUCAAAAUAAUCAAAAUAAUAAUAAUAUUUGUAAAAUGUUAUUGGAAAGAUAUGGAUUUAUAUUUAUAUUUAAACAUGGUCAUUUGGAAUUGGUAAAACAAUCAUAUCAAUUGAUUGGUGGUAGAGAUAAAAUACAAUUUGGAGAGAUCUAUUGUGAUUUUGAACAAUGGCCAAAAGAUAUAUCAGUAGUAAGAUUUAUUAUACAAAAUAUGCCAUUCGAGUUGCACAACUUUGAAGAAAAAGAAAAUUAUCUAUUAAAUCAAAUGAUCAAAAGAGAAAGAUGGGAUGUGGUUGCAUAUUUAUUGGAUACAACACAACAAAUAGAUAUCAUUGAUCAUGAUGAUUUGGAUCAAGAUCUAGAUGAUUUGGAUAAACUAAUGACAUUGGUAAAACAAAUAUUAAAUUUUGGUAUUAUUAUUUCAAUUUCAUUUGCUACAGUGGCUGAUGCAUAUGGAAUCAAAUGUAAUGCAGUUUUCAAACAAUUAAUAGAUCGUGCAGUAAAGACUAGACAGGCAUCAAUUAUUUGUUUCCUUUACAAUUAUUUCAAGGAUCAUCAAUCGCAUCAAAAUGAUCCAUUUUAUUUACACAAGGUUGAAACUUAUUUUGCUAUUCAUAUCGAUCAUGCCAUUCAAGAGUUUGAUAUAGACUAUUUAGAUAUUUUAUUAAAGACUGACAUGCCAUUGGUUAUUCAAGACUUUGAAACUUGGCGAAUUGUUGGUCUAUACGGAUCACAAGAAUGGGUCCACACUCUUUUGACCUACACAGCUCCAGGAUACAUAUGUUAUCCAUACCUAUCUAUCCUCAAAGAAGGUGCUAAUAACAAUCAUGACAUUGAAAAUAAGAAAGCAGUAUUAAAAUAUAUUGAUAAUAUUAAAUUAUAA